CCUAUAAAUGAUGGUCUCAGAGUGGAUUGCUAGUCUAGACAAAAGACCAUGUGACAGAACAGGAGAAGAACUAGAUCUAAUAUAUUCACACUUGAAGAAUCUAAAAGCUUUUGAGAAGUUUCACCCGAGCCUUCUACAGCAGAUCUGUGUCUAUGGAUACUAUGAAGACUUGGACAAAGGUGUUACAUUGUUCCGCCAAGGGGAUAUUGGGACAAACUGGUACAUUGUGAUCUCUGGCAGCCUAGAGGUUCUUGUAUCAGAGACUGGGGACCACAAGGAUGCUGUCAUUGUUAGCACACUGGUGCAGGGCACCUGCUUUGGAGAGUCCAUCUUGACCAAUAAGCCCAGAUAUGGCACAGUAACCACCAGAGAGUUUACAGAGUUAAUUCGUGUAGAACAGAAAGACUUCAAAAUCCUUUGGGAGGGGAGUAAGAAAUUGCUUGAAGGAGUUAUCACCCCUUUGGAAAGGCUGUCAACAACAGCCAACCAGUUGCAGUAUUCCCCUGCUUUCUCCAGACCAGGAAAACGUAAAUCCUCGACAGCAGCUCGAUAUAAUGGCCAACCUAACCCUGCAGCUCCAAUCACCAGUAUUCCCUCCGAAAAACUCAAGAGAGCUGGCCAAGUUUUACGGACCGUUCUUUUGACUCGUGCUCCUCACAUGGUGAGGGACAGGAAAUACCAUUUACGGACGUACAGAAAAUGCAUGGUGGGAACAGAAAUGGUAGAAUGGUUACUGCAGCAGAGUCCAAUUGUUCACUCCAGAAAUCAAGCAGUGGGCAUCUGGCAGGCUCUGUGUGAAGAGGGGAUCAUUGUACACGUAUGUAGAGAGCAUCAGUUCAAGGACAAGUACCUGUUUUACCGAUUUUGUGAGGAUGACCAGGGGGUGGGAACCAUACCAAACCAGGUCCAGAAGAAGGAGUGUGAAGAGGAACUACAGGACACUUUGAUUACACUGGCUCAGAUUGGACCAGACGCCAUGAUGAGGAUGAUCCUCAGAAAACUACCCAAUGACAGGACUUUGGAUGAUUUGGAGAUUAUCUAUGAGGAGUUACUUCAUAUUAAGGCCUUGUCUCAUCUGUCUACAAGUGUCAAGCGGGAGUUAGCUAGUGUACUGGUGUUCGAGUCUCAUGCCAAGGCAGGCACUGUGUUGUUUAACCAGGGAGAUGAAGGAAAAUCUUGGUACAUCAUUUUGAAGGGCUCAGUCAAUGUGGUCAUAUAUGGCAAGGGUGCUGUUUGUACCCUCCAUGAAGGGGAUGAUUUUGGGAAGCUGGCUUUACUAAAUGAUGCUCCUAGGGCAGCCACCAUCGUGUUGAGAGAAGACAACUGUCAUUUUCUCAGAGUUGAUAAAGAGGAUUUUAACAGGAUAUUAAGGGAUGUAGAAGCAAACACUGUGAGAUUAAAGGAACAUGGGCAAGAUGUCCUGGUUCUUGAAAAGAUUCCCACAAAAUCCCAAGCAGCAGAUGGAACUAUGCAAUCACACUACAAGUAUUCAGUUAUGGCAGGUACUCCAGAGAAGAUGCUGGAACACCUACUGGAAACCAGACUAGACAAUACAAAAUCUGAGGAAACCACAGACAGCUUCCUGGAGGACUUUCUUUUAACUCAUGUGAUAUUUAUGCCAACAGAAAAGCUCUGUCCAGCAUUGCUCUCAUAUUAUGAUGCCAAGUCCCUAAAGACGGAGGAACAGGAUGCUGGAGACUAUGGAGUGACCCAGAAAAGAAGUGUCAUACAAUUUGUACAUGAGUGGCACAACCUGGCCAGGGACAUUUUUAAUGAAGAAGAGCAGAUCCAGGCUUUUCUACAGGAAUUACACAGUUAUGUGGAUGAAGACUGUGCUUGUUUUCCUUCCCUGGCUUCAGAACUAACAGUAUUGGAGAGCAUGAUGACAUGUAUGAAGGGUUAUCAGUAUAUAGAAAAGCCUGAAGUAGGCAAGCGAAGAAUUUCUCCUAGUGUAAUGCUAACAAAGAAGAUGGCCAAUGAAUUAUAUAUAGACAGCAUUAACAAGAAAGAGCCAAUCAAAGCCACAGAUGAAAAUAUAGUCAAGAUUUAUUGUGCGGACCACACUUACAGCACUCUACGUCUACCAAUGAACUCCUCUGUGUACACACUCAUAGAGCAUGCUCGGGAAAAACUCGGACUUGGUUCAGAUGAUCUUGUUCUUUGUGAGAUAAAAUCCUCAGGAGAUAGGGUUGUCUAUAAAGAAGAAGACCUCUGUGUAACAACAGGUCUGAGUCUAAAUGGUCUCUUGUUCAUCUCCCCCAGGAAACACUUAGAUGCUUUAACUCCCCACCCUGAACAGGAGGGACCAUCCAUAGGGACUGCCAACACCCUGGAACUUCUCAGCACAAAAGAAAUAGCAUAUCACAUGACAUUACAUGAUUGGCAACUGUUUAUAUGUGUACAAGAAUAUGAGUUAAUAUAUCAAGUAUUAGGAAGAUCCAACUUUAACAAAAUUACAGCAAAUUUAGAUCUGUUUUUACGUCGAUUCAAUGAAGUACAAUACUGGGUUGUAACGGAAAUGGUUCUUGCUCAAAAUGUGGGAAAACGAGUCCAGCUUCUACGCAAAUUUAUCAAGGUUGCAGCACACUGCAAAGAGUUCCAGAACUUGCACUCAUUCUUUGCCAUAGUAAUGGGACUCAGUAACAUUGCUGUUAGCAGGCUGUCACAGACAUGGGAGAAACUGCCAGGGAAGUUUAAGAAGAUGUUUGCCGACUUUGAGACAUUGAUGGACCCCUCACGAAAUCACCGAGUAUAUAGACUGUCUGUCUCCAAGCUUACCCCACCCAUCAUUCCAUUUAUGCCAUUACUAAUGAAAGAUUUGACAUUUACCCAUGAUGGCAACAAAACCUAUUUUGAUGGAUUGGUCAAUUUUGAGAAAAUGCACAUGAUAGCUCAAACAAUGAGGAAUGUACGCAUUUGUCGGAGUCGAAGAUUAGAUCUUGAGCCCCCAACAACAGCCAAGUCAUCCACAGAGGUUCAAGAUUAUAUCAGAAAUUUGCAAGUUAUAGACAAUCAACGAGUUCUAACUCAACUUUCUUAUAAACUCGAGCCUAGACGCACGUGAAGGAAUGCUCACAAUAAUGGAUCACAAAUCUGAAGUGCAAUUCUUUCUUGUGUUACAUACUCAAGAACAGCAACUCAAUUGAAAGUGAAAUCCACAAGUGUUAAUCAAGACUGAUCUAUAAGUAUUAUUUUUACCCGGUUUCUAAUGUUGUGCAAACCAGAGUGCUAUAAAGAUGUAAAUAUGAAAUAUUUUUCAUAUCGAAUGAAUGUAUAACUGGCUUAGUGUCCUGACAAUCAAAUAAAUCUAUUUUCUACUCAUGAAAAUCAAAUAAUUUUCUAUAGGUUAAUGGGUUAGUAAGAAAACUAAUAU